AUGCAAAAGCUGGUCCGAACUGUAACAGUGAGUAAUAAUUAUACAAGAGAAGCAGAACAAAAAUGUUUGGUGUUUCUCAAUGACUGUAAUAAUUUUUCAAAACUCACUCAAAUCCAAACUCAAAUCAUUAAAUUAGGUCUGACCAACAACCCAUUAGUUCUAACUCGGUUCACUUCAGCUUCAUCUGAUCUCCAGUCAACUGAAUAUGCUUCUUCAUUUAUAUUCUCGCCGGAUUCCGACACCCGGUUGUACGAUACAUUUUUGUUUAAUACAUUUAUUCGAGCUUAUGCUCAGAGUAAUUUUUCCAAGGUUAAAGCUGUGUCUAUGUAUAAGCUUAUGCUUGAAUUUAAUGUUGUACCUAAUAAAUUCACGUACCCUUUUGUUCUUAAGGCUUGUGCGGGUGUUGGGUGCUUGAGUUUAGGGAAGUCUGUUCAUGGGUUGGUGUUGAAAGUUGGGCUUGAUCAUGAUAGACAUGUGAAGAAUACUCUGGUGCGGGUGUAUUGCUGUGGGGUUGAUGGGGUUGAAUUUGCACGUAAGGUGUUUGAUGAAAUGUGUGAGAGAGAUUGUGUGUCGUGGAGCGCGAUGAUUGGUGGGUAUGCUCGUUUGGGGAUGUGCAGUGACGCGAUUGGAUUGUUUAGGGAGAUGCAGGUCGAAGGGGGUUGUCGGCCUGAUGAGGUUACUAUGGUUGCUGUUUUGUCUGCUUGUAGUAAUUUAGGUGCUCUUGAGUUAGGGAAGUGGGUAGAGUUGUAUAUUGAGAUGGAGAGAGUUCAAAAAAGUGUUGAGCUUUGUAAUGCAUUGGUUGAUAUGUUUGCCAAGUGUGGUGAAGUUGAUAAAGCUAUUAAUUUGUUUAGGAAUAUGAAAGAGAGAAGCAUUAUUUCUUGGACUUCCGUGAUCGUUGGCUUCGCAAUGCACGGUCGUGGUUUAGAAGCUGUUGGAUUGUUUGAGGAGAUGAUAGAAAGUGGGGUGGUGCCAGAUGAUGUUGCGUUUAUCGGGUUGCUCUCUGCUUGCAGUCAUUCGGGUUUAGUUGAUAAGGGGAGAAUGUAUUUUGAUUUGAUGACAAAGAAUUUUAGUAUUGAACCUAAAAUUGAGCAUUAUGGAUGCAUGGUAGAUAUGUUAUGCAGGGCAGGGCUUGUAAAUGAGGCGUUGGAAUUUGUUCGGAAAAUGCCCAUUGAGCCAAAUGCGGUUGUCUGUCGGACGCUGAUUAACGGGUGUCGUGCUCACGGAAAACUCAAGCUUGGUGAAACAAUAACUAGAGAGCUUAUUAGAAAUGAGCCUAUGCAUGAGUCGAACUAUGUAUUACUUUCUCAAAUAUAUGCCAAAAUGUUCAAUUGGGAAAAGAAGAUGAAGAUUAGAGAGUUGAUGGACAAGAAAGGAAUGAAGAAAAUCCCCGGAAGCACUAUGAUCGAGCUAGGCAAUGAGAUUUACGAGUUUGUGGUUGGAGAUAAAUCUCAUGAGCAGAACAAAGAAAUAUAUGAAAUGGUAGAUGAGAUGGGAAGGAAGAUGAAGCAGGCUGGGUAUGUUCAAAUUACAUCAGAGGUUUUACUUGAUAUUGAUGAUGAGUUUCCUGUUAGGGUUUGGUUUCUUGAUCGUCUUCUUGGGUUUUCUUCGUUUCUUAGCAACUGGGUGUAA